GCUUCAUAGAUUACAAUUGUAUUCAGAUUAUUAUUUUAAUCUAAUGAAUAUUUAUUGAUCUCAUCUGAUCAUUACAUGACAAUACUAAUUAAUUCACUUUUUGUUGUUCAUCUAGCUAGUCAGUGAGUCAUAUUAGAAGAAGAUGGCAGACGCUGAGGAUAUUCAACCUCUUGUUUGUGACAAUGGAACAGGAAUGGUCAAGGCUGGAUUUGCUGGAGAUGAUGCCCCACGUGCUGUGUUUCCUAGUAUUGUUGGUCGUCCCCGUCAUACCGGUGUUAUGGUUGGUAUGGGCCAAAAAGAUGCAUAUGUUGGUGAUGAGGCACAAUCUAAACGUGGUAUCCUCACUCUCAAGUACCCAAUUGAGCAUGGUAUUGUUAGCAAUUGGGAUGAUAUGGAAAAGAUUUGGCAUCAUACAUUUUAUAAUGAGCUUCGUGUCGCCCCUGAAGAACAUCCAGUUCUCUUAACUGAGGCUCCUCUUAAUCCCAAGGCUAAUCGUGAGAAGAUGACUCAAAUCAUGUUUGAGACUUUUAAUGCCCCUGCUAUGUAUGUGGCAAUUCAAGCAGUCCUUUCACUCUACGCCAGUGGUCGUACAACUGGUAUUGUGUUGGAUUCUGGUGAUGGUGUCAGCCACACAGUCCCUAUCUACGAGGGUUAUGCCCUCCCACACGCCAUCCUUCGUCUUGAUUUGGCUGGUCGCGACCUCACUGAUUUCUUGAUGAAAAUUCUGACAGAACGUGGGUAUUCUUUUACCACCUCAGCAGAGCGUGAAAUUGUGAGGGAUAUGAAGGAAAAACUAGCUUACAUUGCCCUUGACUAUGAGCAAGAGCUAGAAACAUCCAAGACCAGCUCUGCAGUGGAGAAGAGCUAUGAGUUGCCUGAUGGACAGGUGAUCACUAUCGGUGCUGAGCGUUUUAGGUGUCCAGAGGUCUUAUACCAACCAUCAAUGGUGGGAAUGGAAGCUGCAGGAAUUCAUGAGACCACAUAUAACUCUAUAAUGAAAUGUGAUGUUGACAUCAGGAAAGACCUGUACGGUAACAUUGUCCUUUCAGGAGGUACAACUAUGUUCCCUGGAAUUGCUGAUAGAAUGAGCAAGGAAAUUUCUGCAUUAGCCCCUAGUAGCAUGAAGAUCAAAGUGGUAGCACCACCUGAGAGAAAGUACAGUGUCUGGAUUGGUGGUUCUAUCUUGGCUUCCUUGAGCACUUUCCAGCAGAUGUGGAUUGCAAAGGCUGAGUAUGAUGAGUCUGGACCAUCAAUUGUGCAUAGGAAGUGUUUCUAAAUUGUUUGAGCAAUAGGGUUAUUCAAGGAAAAAGACUGCUCUUUUUUAAUAAAGCAAGCAUGCGUCCUCUUUCUUUCUUUCUUUCUAGAUUACUACAUUAUAGGUAUAAUAUCAAGUUUGUACCGCCUCCUCUCUCAAUCAACUAUGUAGAAGUCGGAAAUCAAACCAUUGAUCACCUAUUUAAGGGAUUUAAAAUCCCUACUACUCGGACCGUUUCACUGCUUGUAUUAUUAUUCAAUCAUGCGAUACUUGUAUCGCAUUAAGUA